AUGGCUCACGCUGCGACUCUCAGCAGACUUGCCGAGAGCUUGGUCACAGCAAUCACCGGCCAGACCACCGGUGAUGCCGCCUUCCGCAGGUUGAAAGAUCAGACACUGCGAGGCCUGAAGGACCAAAGUCAUGCCCGCACCAAUCAAUUCGCCGUCAAGGACACUUUCGAUGGUCUCGUGGAGAAGUUCAUCGUUCUGAACCGCGAAGAUCUGGCAGUGGCACUGGCUGAGCGCCUCGAGGAACUCCCCACCAAAUCGAAAUGGAUGCCCGAGAUAUCAUCAUUGCUGCUCGAGCUCAGCGAUCGGCCAGUGAAUAACACGAAGCUGAAAGAUGUCUUCAAUGCGAACGUGCCCGAGUUCUCGGCGCCUGAGCUGACGUGGAGCGACAUCAUUGCCGACGACCCUCUCGAUGACCCCGACAUGUGGGAUGUCGUCGAGCGUGGCUAUCAUUCCAGCGGCGACGACGAGUUCAACCCAGACGUAGACUCGGAGCCUACCGUCUCAACCAAGGCCACGUCUGUACAUGGAGAUGAUCCCGUUGCCAUUGCCAGGAUGCACCUCAUGCAACCCAAGGAGACCACGAUUCAAGAUUUGACGUCAGCGAGAAGUCGUUGGGAGGCCUUUCAAGACCAAGAAGAUGGAAUAGAGCCUUCGGAGCUGCUUCUUGUGCGCGAGAUCUUGUCAAUGUUGCAUGGACUACCCACCGACCUGUUCCUGCUGGAAGAACACUCGGGACAAGUUCGCGUCUCGACACAAGUCCGCCUGCGCAACACCAGCCACUCCAGCAUCAUGAGCCUUCUGAACACUGCUGCUAGAGCCGGUACUUCGAUCAAUCUGCUCCGAAAGUGGAAGUCGGCCGAACAAAGAGUGACCUACAUGCAAGCAGUGGUCUCCGCUGUAGACACACUCUGCUCGCGAUUCGGGAAGCAGCUCGCAGCGCUGGAGGAGCAGUUCAGACGUCCGGACAAAGAUCGCGUGGUAAGCGCAAACGAAACACUCACCCAGGUCUUGAGCUAUGCGACACCUUUGGCUCACUUGUCGACUCUCAUCCAACGAUGCUCUAACGCAUCACAGGGUCGCAGUCCGUUCGCAUUGAUGGAUCUACUGUACGAGGAGGCAAACAUUGCUCAGAUGUCAGGAUCUCAGCACACGUUCGAAUUGCUGGCAGACGUCUUACUGGCUGGAUUAGAGGCAUACCUGCGUCCUGUCGCAGCCUGGAUACAACUUGGUACCCUAAGCCCAAGAUCUCAAGAUGUCUUCUUCGUGAAGGAAUCCAACCAACAUUGUGAAGCGGGUAAUCUUUGGCACGGUCAGUACGAGAUGCGUAUCAGUGGUGACGGCAACGCAUUAGCGCCCGUUUGCGUAUUACCAGUCGCCCACGACAUAUUCGUGAUCGGCAAGAGCAAGUCCUUCCGUAAGCGUCUGGGCGAUUCGAGCGAUCUGUCGAUACACACCCACCCCUUAGAUGGUGAAGUCUCUCUUCUCAAUGGCGUUCGGCAGUCUGUGCACCAAGAUUCUCUGGUUCCGUUCUCACAGACCUUGAUCGAUGUCCUGGAGCAGUGGAUUUUAUCAGUUGGUAGAGAGGAUACUACUUUCGUCACUUCAGCACUGCUACGAGACCAUGGACUGGACAGCACUCUGACUGCUAUUCCAUAUGUGUUCUUUUCAAAAGACGGAGCUUCAUUUCAGGACUUCGCUGAUGCUGUCUUCGACCGCCUUGCCAAGCGUCAGGUCGCGAACCUUUCAAUCGAUCAGUUCCUGUUCACCGAGUUGGCUCAGACCACGUUAGGAAGUCCAUCACAGGUACUUGCGGAAAAUCUCAGUGUCAGCAUCCGUGAAGAAGAUUCAUCUAUCACAGCCUCCACAGUGCGCAGACUGGAAUCGGUACGACUUGGACAUCAUCUUUCUUGGCCGGUACAAAAUAUCACGCGAUCGGAGAGCCUAGAGACUCUCUCCAUGAUAUUUGCGCUGCUUCUUCAAACCAGCUACACCGCCAGCAAGUUAAGCUCCAGCUGCUUUGAUCUCCGAUCGGCAAACGCAGGUACUGCGGGUGUGCUUGCGCUUCGACAACAUCUACUCUGUUUCGCAAACAUAGUGCAAGAUCAUAUCACCACUGCAACGAAUGUACUACACGGAGAGAUGCAAAAGCAGAUGGCUCUUGCUGCCGACAUCGACUCAAUGGUUGCAAUCUGGUCUCUUUAUGAGAAGCGGCUGAAGAUAACACUCCUCCUAUCGCCCAAACUGGAGCCUAUGCGGGAGGCUGUUGUCUGCAUCUUGGAGUUGGGAGAUGCACUGACCGAAAAUUGCGGCCCUCGAAGUGUUGCGCAUCUCCGGGCGCAGCUACAGAAGCAGUUGGCCUUCCUCAUUGCCGGAAUUCGCAGCGUCAGUCGAGCUGGAGGCGACCUUUCCCUUGAAAUCUUGGCAGAAAGACUAGAUUGGGGUGCCGGCUGA